GCAUGCGCGAUUGAAUUUUGUAAGCUUAUUGAAGACAUAGGUUUUCAGAGAUUGUGGGUCUAGUCUGUAGAGUUAAAUUUUUUUUAGAUUGUCUAUUAUCUGUAGCUAUAUUCGGAUUCUCUUAGUUUAUUGAAAUAUACUCUUCUGUAAUCUCUGUAGAUUUCAUAGAUUCUAAGCCAUGCUUAUAACAUUGAAAACUCUACAAGAAGAUUUAUUUACUGUUGAAGUUGAUCCUACCCAGACGGUGAGGCAUUUCAAAGAAAACAUUGAGAAAGUGAGAGGCGAUGCAUUUCCUGCUAAAUAUACAAAGUUGAUGUAUGCAGGAAAAUUCCUUCAUGAUACUAAACGAGUUUGUGACUACGAUCUGGAAGAGAAGAAAUUUGUGAUUUUGGUAGUGAAAAAGCCCAGGAGACCUGUUAUUAAGGAGGAAGAACCAGAUCCUCUUGAAAGUACAUCUAUGGAUGCAUCAAGCAGCAGUUCUGCUGAGCGUGACCGCAUUUUAUGUGCUGAACAUGAACAGUUAGUUCAGCACAUUGUUGAGCUGGGCUUCUCAAGAGAAGAUGUUGAGCGAGCUUUGUGUGCCAGCUUUAAUAAUCCUGAUCGGGCUGUGGAUUAUUUGUUUAAUCGUAUUGAUCCAGGCCCAUCAAGAAGUAAUCCGCCAUCUGCCAGCCAGUCAAGACCCACUGAGGAUCCAAAUGAUAUUUCAGAUGCCAAUCUUUUGCGUCAUAUGACACGACCUGAUCCUCCAAAUCCAAGGGAGUCUAUUCUUCCAAGUCAAGAUAGAAUCUUUGAGCUCUUCACCGAAGCACUUGCUGAGUAUCAGAAUCAUACUACUCGAGAACAUGAUCGUUCACGUGAACCUGAUCCUGAGCUUUUAGCACAAGUAUCCCAAAAUUAUGCUGAAAUGGGAGGAGCAGUUGGAAUGGAUCCCCGUAGUGCUUUUGAAAGCAUGAAUUCAGCCGCUAUGUCUGCAGAGGAUAUUCCUUCUGGUUUGUUCUCCGGAUCUGAUGGUAUGUUUGAUAUUUUUACCGAUGCGUUGGGUGGUGCAGCAGCUGGUAUUGGUAUGACUGGAACGUUAAUGGAUAGAGACCACGAAGCCAUUGAACGUUUGAAACAGCUUGGCUUUUCAGACAACAAAGUCGUUGAAGCUUAUCUUGUCUGCGACCGAGAUGAAAAUGCUGCUGCUGAUUACCUUUUUUCACAAAAGUUUGAAUAGAAUUUUUAUGAAACUUGUCUCAUUUUGAAUGUUUCAUCUUCAUUUCAUAACUUUUUUUUUUUUUUUUUUUGCAUUUGAAAAACUCAGUGCAAUGAUGUACUCAUUAUUGUUUCUGUACUUAAUUUAGAUUGUGUUGUAAAAGGGUCUUUUUUUUUUACAUUAUCUUAUGGUUAAAUAUGAAUUUAUUUCUGUUAUGAAAAAAUACUCUGUUUUUUAAAGUAUUUUGUAUGUAUACUUUUAUUUGUUCAUGUUUGCAACAGAAUUAUAUGAAAAAUAUAUAAUUCUGUGCUUAAAACAUUCUUGGUGGCUGCUUAUGCUUAUUUCUUUAUCUUAUAUUUGAUUACUGAGAGUUGAUUUUUGUAUAGGAUACUCAAAACCUGAAAACUUUAAUGAAUCAUUCCUUGCAUCUCUUUUUGAGUGCUAUUUUAUUUUGCUUGAAAAUCAUUGGAGAGAAUGGGAAUUCUGUAUUAAAGUAAGGGGAGGAAAUAUUUAACUAUCUUUCCAUUUAAAUAUAGAUUAAAUUCGUAUUUUCAAAUAAUUUAUUUAAGGAAUAGUUACUUUUGCUUUCCUUUAAGUUUUUACUAAUUCGUCUUUGAAGAUAAGUUUAUAGAUUUCCCAUUCCUCUCUUUGGUGAGAUUCAUAUCUUGAUGAGUUUCAAAAUAUGUAUCAAUCAUAUCUGCUACAGUUAUACAUGUAAUAACAUUUCACUGUUAUUGAUCGUUUUUGGUGUAACAUCAUUUUUCAAUAAUCCUGAUGAAGCUAAAUGUUAAAUCUUCUGAACUAUUCUAAGAUAUUUCUUUUAUUAUUAUUUAUUUAUUGAAAAUCGAAAUGAAACCUUUUUCCCCGUGGAAAAUAAUGUAGUAUCUUCUAAUAAUUGUUUUGUGUAUCGAUGUAUAUGUGUAUGUUUGAAUGUAUCGCUUUGGGAAGCAUUAUUUCCAUUUACUGUUGCCUGUUUCACAAUGUAAAAUAACUGAAAGUAACUUAAAAUUUUUUUGAAAAAUGCAUUUUUAUCUUUAAAAUAUAAAUCAAAAUUUGAUUGGAAAGCAAAGUAUGUGUUUUUAAAAUGAUCCUGCCAUUAAUAUUGUUUUGACAUUUUGCUCCCUACAUAAUAAGAUCAUUUAAGCUUCUUCCAAGACAUUUCAUGGGUUGAAGAAUGUUACUUCUUGUUUACGCACUCCAUCCCCCCCCCCUUUUCUUUUAGCCGAACAAAAUACAUUUAAAAUACGAGUUUUUCCAAUUGAUGUAUCUGCUAGAAACUGGUGCAAAUAUUUUUAGGCAUGCAAAAUGUGUAAUGUCUGUUGAGCAUUUUUGAAAAGUUCUUUGACUGUUUAUAUUUUUAGAAAUAAAAUGGAAUAAAGACUUUGUUUAAAAUUUAUUAAAUAAAUUUGUGAAAUGGUUUUAAUGUAAAAUAAUAAACGAUUAAUUUUAGUUAGAAUAUUCCAUUCCUGGUCGUAUUAAAAAAUCAAUAUGCUUUAUGGAUAAAGGGUUGAAAGAGAUUGGUACAAUUAACAUAAAUAGUCAUACGCAGGUCAAUUCCGAAGUUUAAAUAACAUUCCUUUAUCAUUCAUAUCUAUAAAUAAAUAGUUUGGAUUUGAAAUUAAUAUUCUAGUAUGCUGUGAAGCAAGAUAUUUCGAAUAAAAUUACCAUAGAAUAUGGGUGUUUAUUACUGAUGAUUAUUUUUAAAAAAGGAAUUAUUGGAUGGAGCUACAUUUCUGUUUUCUUGUAACUGUUAUGCUCUAUGAUGUGGUUUCUAAAAAGUUUCGUUUAUUUGUGUUUGGCACAAAUGUCUGUUUUUGCUAUCAGGGAUUCAUAUUAAUAUGCAAUAAGAGAUUUGUAACCAAAUAUCUUGCAAAGUAAUAUCUAUUUGUAUCAAAUUAUUAAUUGCUGUUGAAUUUCAGUUGAAAAUUUCCGAAAUUCAACAUAUUGUUUUGCAUUCUCAGAUUUUCACCAGGGUGUAUUGCCUUUACAUCAUAUUGUCUGUUGAAAUUUUUUCUCACAAUAUUUGUUUUAUCAUUAAACUAAAUGGUUUAGUUUUCAUAAUACCAAUUUGUCUUUCCAGAGAAUGUGAGAAAUAUUUCACCUUGUAGCUAAAAUACAAAUGAAUGAAUUCUUGUUUAUGAAACAUUAAAAUCCCUCUGAUCUCAUUGAGAUUUUGCAAUAUUCACACUUUUCUAUGGUAUUAUUUCCAAUGAUAUUAAUUUUGUGCGAGUCUAAUUGUGUAAAUAGGUGUAGAUUAUGCUAUAUUUCAUGGAGUGUUUGUAUUUAUCCCCCAUAAAAGUUUGAAUUUGUUGUUUUCUUUGCAGCAAAUUUUCUUUUUCAGGAGUAUAUGAUCGCAUACAGUAAACAUAUAGUAAAAAAAUGAACUUUUUUCUUUUAGAAAUUAUAAUCCUCAGACAAGCUGCUUCUUGUGUAAAAGGUUUGUUAGUUAUCUGUAUUGAAAAUGAAAUUGCAAUUAAUCCAUAUUUUCACAAUUUGAAUAUUUUCUUAAUUUUUUUAGUUAUAUAUCCAUUGCUUCUAUUCUUCAUACUUAAUUUCAUUUUUAAGUCUCAAAGCUGUAAGAUGCACAAUCUAAAAGCCUGUAAACUUUGAAUUUAGUAAACGUUUAAAAUUAACUCGGUAUACUGGUUGUGUUUGGUUAGAAGAAGGCGUGAUUAUCUGCCUAGUGUUUCUGCUUUUUAAUAUCAUUCUUAUGAAUGCGAUUUUUUUUACAUUACUCUUUUUUAUUAAUAUUAUUAUUAUUUUGAAAAUAUUGUAUAUAUUAAGAUGAAAUCUAUUAUCUGAGAAUUUUUAAUUGAUAUGUUUCCUUUUUAAUUACCUUAAAAUGUAAUUUAUAGUAUAUGCUCGUUUCUGAAUGUAUGUGUUGGAUCUUUGUAUCCAUAUCAUUUUUUGGCAACUGUCAUUGAUUUAACUGCAAUAUGACUAGUUUUGUGCAGAUUAUUCUGCUAAUAUAUAAAGCUGUUUUCCCACUCAGUAGAAGUAAGAUUUUCUCUCUAUGUACCUUGUUUCUUUUCAGUGCAUUAUUUUUGAAAAAAAAAAAAAAUGUUUACAUAGUUGAAUAAUACUCAGGUGCUGAGAACAUUAACCAGUAUUAGAAUACUCCAUUGGGAUAUAGAUUAUUUGUUUGACCCCCUGCUAACUUUUAUAUUAACAAACUCAGUUCUGAAGCACAUUCAAUUACAUACUUGUGAAAUUUUUUUCUACCUCUGUUAAUUCUAUCAUAUACUCAUAUACUGAAAAUAUCUGUGUUUGUAUGUAUGUGUGUGUAUGUAUGUCAAUGAUAUAUUUAUGACAUUUACUGUAGUUUAUGCUUUAAUCAAUCACUUUUCAUGAAUUUUGCUAAUUUUAGACUAAAAUUUUAUUCGCGCUGAGUACACUUGUAGAUUUUUUUUUUUUUGUUAUAAUUAAGAAUUUUCCUUAGUAUCUUUAUUUUAUUUUCAUUAAAUGUGAACAAAUCAAAUGUGUACUCUAAAGACAUUUUUUAUUAGUUUCUGAAUAAAAUGCUCUAGAUUUAUUACAUAUGUGUUAAAAAUAAAAAUUGGAAACUCAAAUAUUUUCUGAACUACUGUGGUGCAUAACUCUUUAUACUAAAUAUUAAAUUUAUUUGUUUUGUUUUGUUUUCAUAAUUUAGAAUGUUAAAGACUAUUAUUUGCAUAACAACUUUCAAUUUUGCUAUAAAGCAGUUUAAUUGCAAUAUUUCAAAAAUUUUUUUGGCUGGAAGAGCUGAAAUUGCACAGAGGUAUUUUGUGAACAGUAUGAUAAAUGGAGAAUCGAGAACAAAUGUUUACCUGCUGCUUUCCAUUUGGUCUAUUGCAUCCACGUGUAAAAUGAUAAAGAGUUCAAAUCAAUCUAAUUUCGUGUGCACAUUUAUAAUUUGCUGAGCUGUUACAUUACGACUAUUUAACAAAAAAAGCAACUUAAUUAUAAUCAUUAUUUUAAAGUGUGCUAUUCAUUUAGACAUUGGCACUGUAAGGAUGCAGUUGGUGAUGGUUCUGAUGCCAAAAUAUUGAUAUCAAGCAUUUUUAUUUUCGUAUAUGAUAUAAUAUUGUUAAUAAAUGUGAAAUUAUUAGGAAUUCAUCUAUAAAUUUAUUGAUUAUCUUGAUAAUUUUUCUCUGCAUUAAACUGUGUUAUCCCAGAAUUUUCAAUUUGGGCUUAAAAGAAAAUGAUAUACUUGAUUUGUUAUGAUAAAUAUUUUGGUAUUGCCAAUCAUGUUUGAUACGAAGAGGAUGAGAUUAAAAAUAUCUCAUGAAUGUGUCUUUUCAAUAUUUGAUUAUAUAGCAUUAUGUUCCCGGUCUCUAUUUACUACCUGAGUAAUGAACCUUGAAAUAAGUUAAGCCAUUUUCAGUACUUUAUCAAAUUGAACCUCAUAAUAAGUAAUUACCGGCAGUUCACUUUUCAUUGGAAUUUAAAACCAAAUUGGCAAAAAAAAAAAAAAAAAAAAAAAAAAUCCGUGUGAUUUAUGCAGUCAUUUAGAAGACACAUUUUGGUUAUUUGAUAUAAAAUCAUAGAAUACAUAGUUCUGUACUAGAAAGAUUGCAAUGAGCUAAAAUACAUAGUAUUGGAUAAAUUUUGUAAUUGCCAUUUAAUUUUCGCCAUUACAUGUGUGCCAUUGCUGCAAACAAUGUAAAAAAAUCUGGCCAUUUUGAUUUCAUUAAGCUAAAAUAAUAUAUGAUUAUAUGAAGAUAUGUCAAUUGCUCCAUUCAUAUACUGCUUCAUUUGGAUAUGUGAUAACCCUAGAAACCACUUUGUUCUUUAUAAGAAGUUUCUGUGAAGUGAAUUUGUUGCAAUAUGGUCUUCGGUCUUUCCUAAAUUGACAACUUCAUUCAUUCUGUUUGACACUCAAUCAUCUAUAUGAAAACAGGUGGUAUAGCUCUUCAAAUUAUAUUUAAGGUUAUGUGUACUCAUUUUUUGAAAGUUAGAUGGUCAUAAUGUAAUGGCUCAUUUAUUUAUGUGAGGUAAAAAGUAAUGAUAUACAAAUUAUAUCUUGCAAUGCAGAUAAUUUUCUUGAUCCAUAAAGAGUAUUUACUAUCAACUCAUAAUUUCAUAUGUUUCAAAAAGAGUAAUUGUCAGUGUUUCAAAAUGAAUUUCAUAAUGUAUUUUGUUUCCUUACUAAUACUAAAGAUGAAUUAAAUUAUGUAAAAGAGCUUAAUACUUGCAUUUGUGAGAUAUUUUAAAGUAAUUGACCUACAUUUACUUAAUUCACUUUGUCUUGGCAAGUAAGUAAUAUAAAAAUGCAUUUGAUACUUUUAAUAUUUAUUGUUUACUGACUGAAUCUCGCACAUUUCCCUGUCAUCACGUCAGUUUCAUAUAUGUUAUUGUGCAAGAAGAAAAUAUGAAUUUAUGUUAUGAUUUCCGAAAUCAGUAUUCUAAUAAACUUGCUGUCUGUUUCAGUGUUAAAAAAAAUUA